CAUGUGUGAGUUAGCUUUCUCUUGGUAAAAAGGAAUUGUAUAGCAACUUUAUUUAAAAACAACAACAAGAAUGAACAAACCUAAAAUUGUCAGACCAGAGGAGAGCAAGCCAGCACAUGCGCUGUGGUUUGACAGGAAGAAAUACGUCACCAUCAACUUCAUGGUUCAGAAACCUAAAGAUGUCCAAGUUGAUAUCCAGCCAGACAAACUGAUUCUUUGCUGCAAAAACGAAACAGAUGAUGUGUACUACAACGAGCUGCACUUCUAUGACAAAGUCCAGAUCCACGACUCCAGAGAAAGGGUCUAUGACCGCACCAUCAAUGUCUUGCUAAGGAAGAUGAAACCUGAUUGUGCUUGGCCUCGUCUUCAGAAAGAUCCAGCUAAGGCCAGCUGGAUUUCAGUUGACUUUGAUAACUGGAGGGACUGGGAGCACGAAGAAGAUGAGGGAAAGGAGGAAUAUGACCAUUAUGUGGAUAUGAUCCGAGAGAUGGCUAACAGUGACAAAGGAGAAGCUCCAGAUAUGGGGGAUCUUAGUGAUUUUGUUACCUCUGUAGUCUCCUGCUGCCCGGCAGAACUAAAACAAGAAGUAAAUGGAAAGAAAGAAACUAUUAAAGGAUUCCACAUCAAGCUACAAGAUACCAUCUUGUUUCCUGAGGGAGGUGGCCAGCCAGAUGACCAUGGAUUUGUUGGAGAUGUCCCAGUUUUGAGAGUGACGAGGCAGGGACCAGAUGCCCUGCAUUUUGUGGCCUCACCUCUGGAGGUGGGUCAGGAGGUUCAAGUGAAGGUAGACUGGGAGAGGAGAUUUGAUCAUAUGCAGCAACACUCGGGUCAGCAUUUGAUUACAGCUUUGGCAGACACAAUGUUUGGAUACAAGACCACAUCCUGGGAACUGGGUCGUCAAAGAAGCACCAUUGAGCUGGACACUCCCUGCGUGAAACCUGGCCAGCUUCAGGAACUGGAAGAAUGUGUAAAUGAGAAGAUCAGAGCUCACAUUCCUGUCAUGGUUCAGCUUCUCUCUAUAGAUGACCCAGCUGUGGAGAAGGUGAGAAGUCGAGGGCUGCCAGAGGACCACGCAGGACCCAUUCGGAUCAUUGAUAUAGAGGGCAUAGAUGCCAACAUGUGCUGUGGAACCCACAUCUCCAACCUCGGUCACUUACAGGUAAUAAAGCUGCUGGGAACUGAGAAAGGAAAGAAAAACAAAACCAACCUAAUUUUCCUGGCAGGAAAAAGGGUACUAAAGUAUGCAGAGAAAAGCUACAACACAGAGCGUUCACUGGUGUCACUUCUAAAAACGGGACCAGGUGAGCACGUUGAGGCAGUCGACAAGUUGCAGAAGUCUGUUAAGCUGCUACAGAAAACUAACCUGGGCCUGCUUCGUGAUAUGGCAGUUCUCAUUGCUCAGAGCUUUAUGAAUGAUCCUCACAAAGACUUCUUCACCUUCCACAAAAAAGAGGGAGACAAUGAGUUUAUGAAUAUCAUUGCCAAUGAAAUAAACACUGAGGAAACGCUGGUUUUCCUGACUGUUGGAGAGGAAAAGGGACCUGGUUUGUUUCUGCUGGCUGGACCCAGUGAACUAGUCACUGAGAUGGGACCACAAGUGUUAGAAUUGCUCCAAGGGAAGGGAGCAGGGAAGAACGGGCGAUUCCAAGGCAAAGCCAACAGCCUGGCACGGAGAGGAGAGGUGGAGGCUUUACUGAAGCAGCGCUGCAAUCAACGCAACUCACAGGAAGAAUAAAUUUUCAUUAGAAAGAAAUGUUUUAUACUUCCAAAAGGGGAACAUUGAGGUUGGCUUACAUGGCUGUUUUAUACAUCCAUAAUCUGUGGUAAUCACUAAAUGAUGUGUUGGGUUACACAUAGAAAAUGAUCAUGAGAAAGUGACCAUUUUGUGAAAAUGUAUAUAAUUCGACUUCUGUACAACAUGUGCUGUACAUAUUUCAAUAUUAAAUGUAAAGUGCUGGCUUUAUUCAGUCAAAAUCCAAA